GUGAUGUGGGAACAGAGAAAGCGCCUAGUCAGAAAAGAAAACCACGAGGUUAUUGGAAUGGUGACCUUCCUUUACCCUUUCCAUCACGGUUUCUUUCUUUCUCACUUCCUAUUCGUACCAACAAAGUAGUAGAAGACGAUCCAAGAGAAAAACCCCAAAGAAGAAUUCAGUUUCAAAGCAAGGCUGUAUAGUUCCAAAGGCUUGAAUAAGUAACGGAUAUGAGUUGUAGCUGCUUCCGUUCCUCAAUACUAGAACGAAGAAGGGGACCUGCUAAUGAUCUUGGGGACCUAACAGGUCCCCUGCCUGGGAAUAUCAAGGUUUUUACUUACAGAGAGCUUAGAUCUGCCACAAACAACUUUCUUAUAAGCAAUAAAAUCGGCAAAGGAGGUUUUGGAACUGUUUACAAAGGGGUCCUAAGAAAUGGAAGCCAAGUUGCUGUGAAAGCGCUUUCAGCUGAAUCAAGACAGGGAGUGCAUGAAUUUUUGACUGAGAUUGAUGUGAUCGCUAAUGUCAGGCAUCCAAACCUUGUCGAGUUAAUUGGCUGUUGCGUUGAAGGAGCCCAUCGCAUUUUAGUCUAUGAAUUUGUGGAAAACAACAGCCUUGACCGUGCAUUAUUAGGUCCAAGGAAUAAAACCAUUAAGCUCGAUUGGGCCAAUAGAUCUGAAAUUUGCUUGGGCACUGCCAGAGGUCUUUCAUACCUUCAUGAAGAACUGGAACCAUAUAUUGUACACAGAGAUAUAAAAGCAAGUAAUAUACUUCUUGAUAAAUAUUUUGUCCCAAAAAUCGGAGACUUUGGGUUGGCUAAACUCUUUCCAGAGAACAUUACUCACAUUAGUACACGAGUGGCAGGAACAACUGGCUAUUUGGCACCAGAAUAUGCAAUGGGCGGUCAGUUAACAAAGAUGGCAGACAUAUAUAGUUACGGUGUCCUGGUUAUUGAAAUAGUUAGUGGGAGAAGCAGUUCAAAGCAAAACUGGGGAGAGAUGCAGAAGUUUCUUCUCGAAUGGACAUGGCAGCUAUAUGAAGAAGGUAAACUGGUUGAAUUGGUGGAUCCAGAGCUCAAUGAAUACCCAGAGGAUGAAGUAGUCAGGUACAUAAAGGUAGCACUUUUCUGCACUCAGGCAGCAGCAACCCGAAGACCUACAAUGACACAAGUAAUCACUAUGCUCACCAAGAACAAAAGGCUCAAUGAGAAGGAACUUACUGCUCCAGGUUUCUUCUCAGAGGGAUCGGGAUAUAGCGGUUCAUUAAAUAAGAAAUCGACAUCCAACUCAAUUAGCCAAACGAUAAGCUCGUUUCCUCCCAGUAUCACUCAAGUUACUCCUAGAUGAUUUUAUGGAGAGCAUUAUAAUCAUCUCAGUUAGUAAUCAGAUUCUGACAUAAGUCACAUAAUUACAGAGCGGUUAUUCCUACUUUGCUCAAAGAAGAUGUGGAAACACAUGUAUCAUCAAUGCAUCAAAAUAUAGUUUCAUUUUUACACUACGAUUCUAUAUAUUCAUAUCUCUAUUGUUACAAGCUUUUGAAGCUGUUUUUCUAGUUCAAAGCAAAUUUGUUUCUGAUAA